CUGAUUAGUACUGCGUAUAUAGUAAUUCAAUACUUUUCUUUCAAAAAAUGGCGCGACGUUUGUACCUUUUCAGGCCAGUUAUGACCUUGCUUUUGUUAGCGAGUUCAACAAUGGCUGAACACACCGCCUCUGAGCCGAGUGGCUCACCGGACGACCUCGAAAGUAAAUGGUAUGAGGCGUGCGACUCGAGUGGUGAGAAAAUCAUCUCCGUGGAGGAGGGAAUGCUCAGCCACGGCAGCGUUACGUUCAAAGGCGCUGCGUGCACAAACAAAGACCGCAUCACAUUCCAAAUCAACGGUAAACAUCAGGCUCCCGACUAUACUGUCAUGGGAAGCUGCGAUGCGUGGAUCACCUUCCAAGAUGUCAACAGCGUUUCCAUUAGUGGCAUCGGAAUCCUAGACGCCAAUGGCAAGUCUCUCUGGGCUUGCAAAAAGUCAGGUGGUGGAGAUCACUGCCCUGAAGGAGCUACGUCAUUGUCUAUCCUCAACUCCAAAGAUGUGGAAAUUGAGGGAAUAACCUUGCUUAACAGUCAAAAGUUUCAUAUGGCGAUUGUGGGAACCACCACAGCUAUGAUUCAAGGAGUAACGAUUACAGCGGAUGGGGAGAGCCCUAACACAGACGGAAUACACGUCGAGUCUUCCUCUGCAGUUAACAUCACUCAUUCCAAUGUCGGAACCGGGGACGAUUGCGUCUCUAUUGGUCCCCGCACCAACGGCGUGACAAUUAGGAACUUGACUUGCGGACCGGGCCAUGGAGUCAGCAUAGGGAGUCUAGGGCGAGAGGACAACGAGGGGCGAGUGGAAAACAUACUGGUAGAAUAUGUUCAGUUCACCGAAACGCAGAACGGAGCGAGGAUCAAGGCGGUUGCCAGACCUGAGGCGGACGCGGUUGUGAACCAGGUCGUGUUCCAGCACCUGACCAUGACCGAUGUUACGAACCCCGUUCUCAUUGACCAAUACUACUGCCCUGACCAUCAAAAGUGCCCCCAAGGGGACUCCGGCGUUAAGAUCGGCAACGUCAAGUUUGUCGACAUACGGGGGUCGUCAAAGUCGGAGUUUGCCGUCAACUUGAAUUGCAGCGCCCUCAGCAAGUGUUCCAACAUAACGGUCUCCGACGUGGAACUCACUUACAACCGCGGCAAACCUCGAGCUUCCUGUAACAACCUCGUCGGCAACCCUUGUGAUUCUGUCUUUCCUAGCAAUUGAUAUCCCGCCCUGCAUAUACUAUCGUAUAUACUACGUAUUAGGAUGUUUUUACUUGGCACUCAAAUUUUCUAGCUUGGUACUCUGGAUCUUGUCUGGUCUUUUAAGAUUGAAAUUAGUCUAAGUAAAAACAUCCUUAUUCCUAGUUAGCUAGCUUUAAAUUCUGUAAUACAAGCUUGGUGGCUUGCCGAACCGACCGAGCCCAGUUUUUUUGUAUGACCACUGAUUAGAAGUAAAA